AAAAAUGAUUGCACCUGCGUAUUAAGUAUUUCCGUUUUCUGUGGACAUUUGUCAAUGUGUAGACGUAAACAAUGAAAAUACUGUUCUAUUUCGCCUCUUUAUUAGUUUUAGUGCUUACAAAAGAGGACAUUAGUGGAUUAGAUCAGUAUCUUCAAGAUCCCAGUUUCUGGCAAUUUGUGGAAAAACGCCUGGGCUCAAAGAAUGACGUAGAACAGAAGGCCCCAGUGCCUGUCACUGAAUCUCCGCCGAAAGUGAAUGAUCAGUAUGAUCCAUUUAGGGAUCAAUCUGAUGAAGACACUUCGGUUGCAAAGAAUGACCAGAAACCAAAACAGCAGGAUGAUUUAAUGGAAGACACGCUAGGAAACCUCUGUCAAUACAGGCCGAAUGCAAGCUUGAUUAUUCGUUCCAAAGCUUCAAUCAACAAUGGUGCUUUCUUCUUGAAGUCAUUUAACAGAAGAACACAGAAAGAAUGUGUUAAUGCUUGUUGUUAUACACAAAGCUGUAAUUUAGUUGUGUAUGAAAACAAGGAUGAGCACAGCUGUUAUCUUUUUAACUGUGGAUCACCCAGUAAAUGUUUAUUUGCUGAACAUGCAAAUUACACAUCACUGUUUUUUCCUAAUCAUGCUGCACCAAGUACAUCACUCAAUGGACAUCAACAACAACAUGAAAAUGAAUUGGAGGGGUUAAAUUCUAAGGUGACUCUCAAACCAACAACACAGGUCCCAAAAAGAAAGGUUCCUCUGUAUGGAAAAUGUGACAUUGAUUGGAAUGAUGAAUGCAGUGAUAGAAAUGCAGAAUGUAGAGACAGGGAAUGCAAAUGUUCAUAUGGAUUUCAUGCUAAAUAUGGAAUUUGUAGGGCUAAUUGUCCAGACUCUGAGUUUGAAUGUGAGAACAAAGGUCAAAGGGUUAAUGUCCCAGAAUGCAUUUCAAAGGAACAUGUAUGUGAUGGCCAACCCCAGUGUGCCGAUGGUUCUGAUGAAGAAAAAUGUCCAAGUACAGCCUUGACAACAAAAACAACAUCAACAACAACGACAACAACAACAACUCCUAAACCGGUGACAACUAAACCCUCCCAGCAGAAUGUUAACAGUCUGGGAGUGAACGACCAGAUACUACCCCAGUACUUCCCAGGUAAUCUGAACAAGUUACCAACUGGAUCUGAUUUAUAUAAUGGUAACGGCUACUACUGGCCAUCUGGAUACGGCCGGAUGUAUGGAUCCCAGAGUUAUCCGUACGGUAGAUUCCAGCCUGGAGCUCAGUAUCCAUAUGAUCCUCGAUUUUACAACUCCUAUGACAGCAGUGGAAGACAAUAUGGGAAUGGUUACAUAGAUCCAGUCAGAGGAUAUUAUGAUAAGUCAGUUCCUGAUAGUAAGAGUGUCAGUUCCCAGACUGGAUCAGGUAAUGGAAGGGCAGGAAGUCCAAAAACGGAUCAUUCCAAUGAAAAGCUUAUUCCCCUCUCUCAAGGCAGAGAUGGAGCACUAGAUAUAAAUAGAAGUGGUAAAAAAGGAUCAGACUUUCAGAAGGAGGUCCAAGUCAAGACAACGCAAAUGCCAACAACAGUAAAUCCAACCACAAGGCAAGUCACCACCAGGGGGAGCUUUAACACAUGGAAGAUUUCAAAUCAGCAGACGAAUUGGGACAAGACAAACAAAGAUAACACUGGUUGGAGAGGAAAUUUUGAGAAUUCUAAGACACAAAUUAAUCAUGAUAUUCCAAGUUGGAAAAGUAAUGAAGGAACACAGAAAUCUGCUCAAGAAAGUCAGAACAAAUGGCAAAAUGUGAUGGAUUCAUCUCAGAGUACUAAAUAUGACCAGGUCAUGGAUAAUGCAGACCACAGUUUAGGAAAAGGUCCACUAAAACAACAGACCCCUUCUGAUAAGACGGAUUGGCAAAAGUCCUCUCAUGAUAAGCAACAAACAGAUGGAAGUUCUGCUGAUAAAAUACAAACAGAAAAACAGGAUGUUCCUGUGUCACAAAGUGGUUCUGGUGCGCAAAGGAACUGGAAUCAGCACACAGAAUCUAAUAUGGAUAACAAUAGCCAUGGCAAUACAGGCAUUGAGACAGAGGUAAAGGGAAGUCAAGGGGGUGGGAGCCAAGGAAGGGUGAGUGAAGGAAAAUCAGAAAGUGGUGGAUCCAAGGAUAAAACUAGUGGUGGAUUUCAAGGAAAAUCAGAUAGGUGGCAUCAGCAACAGGAGUGGGCGACUGGAAGGAAUAAAGACAUGGGUCAAACAAAUAAUAGACAUAAGGGUCAGGAUAUUAGAAAUGGGGGGAGCCAUCAACAGGGGAGAACCAGGGGAGGAUCAAAGGGAAGGAAGGGUGGUGGGUACCACAGAAAACAAAGUAAUGACAAUGCUUCAGAUAGAUUGACUGACAAUUCCAGCAAAGAUUUCACAUCAAAGCAACAAGUCAAGCCACAGAACACAGACUAUGACAAUUAUUUUCAAGAGACUUCACAAAAUGGACAAAAUGUUGCUGGACCCAAAAAGCAUGGAUACAGAAAACCAGCUUACAAAAGCCAGAAGCCCCACAGCUAUCAGUACUAUGAUGGGUAUCGUCCAGACCCCUACUGGAAUUAUGACUAUUACAACUACAAUGAUCACCCCGACAAGAAGUACCCCCCUCCUUAUGACCAGACAGACUCAGAUAAUGACAGAGAUUGGUUCCACAAAUCAAAUCCUGACGUGGAUGAUGUUGAUGACAAUGACGAUGAUAAAGGAAAAAAACUGCCGCCCACUCCAAAGGCACCGCCAAUACCCACACCAAGACCAACACAGAAAACGAAAUCAACAGAAGCUCCCGACAUGACAGAAAUAAAACACAUAGACCCAACAAAGGGAAAGAAAAAUCCAGAUGUAGGAUCUAACUCUGCUAGCACUACUGACAAAAAGCCUCAGAUAUCCGGCACCAAGACAGAGAAAAUACAAACAUCCAAGAAAAAUUCCACAGAUUCCAAAGCCCCUGACAGUGGGGGAUUGUUGGAGGAGGCCGUUCAGACCCACGUGGUGGUGGAGAGCCCUACAGACAGUCACCAGGGGCCUAUCGUGGCCCUGGCCCUGGGGCUCGGCAUCACUGUUAUACUCCUAUUCUUCGUGGGCUGUCGGCUGAGGAACGUUAAAAGACGCAUUAGGAAAGGAAGGGCUCUUCAUUCCAAUGAAGCAGAUUAUUUAAUUAAUGGAAUGUACCUAUAAAAGAUGGCAUUACUUUGGGAAUUGGUAAAUUACGUUAUAAUUAUUUGUUCAAAAAGGUUUAUAACUACUAUUCAGUUUCAAAUGGGAAUCAAUCAAAAUCAAUUGUAUUAUUGAAAACAAGUACAAUUUUGUAUUAUGAAAUUUUAAAUAAAUGUUCCCUUUAUUAUGGUUCCCAUUUACAGUUGGAUGUAACUGAACUUAAUUUUUACUUUUCAAGUUGGCAAUAAAUCCACUUGCUCAUAGAUCUACCCCACCAAAGAUGAUUGAAUAUGCACAAAUUUACUAUUUUUUUUAACUGAAUCUCAAAUACUCCUCUUACUUUAAAGUAAUAUUACAUGUAUUUUUUAUGAAAUCAUAAAAGAACAAACAGAUAUUAAAAUUGAAUUUUUUCGUGAGAAAUAAAAUUUUGUGAUCUGAGAAAUCCUUUGUGAAUUACUUGUCAUGUCAUGUGAUGCAAUAUUUGUACCAGUGCAAUGAGAAUUUGGUUUUUGUUAUAAAUUUUAAGAUAUAAAUUAAGUUUUUUGUCAGACUGUGAUUUUGAAUAUGAAAUCCUUAAGUUAGUGAAGUCCAUUCUUUUCUUAUUUUUUACAUGUACAUGUGUUUUCUGUGAAUUUGCAUUCCAAAAAAAAAAGUUUUUCUUCUUUUAAGAAAAUUUUCAUGUUUAUCCUGAUAGAAAGUGAAAUGUAUUGAUUAAAUUAAUUUAUUCAGGUAGUGUGUGCAAUACAUGAAUAACUGUAUUUUCUGAUUAAGAUUUUUUUUUCUCUCUCUGACAACCCAUUUGUAAAAGGUUAAAAAAUAUAUAUAAUAUGAUGACAUUUUUUUUUUUUUAGAUGUUAGGACAGUUAGAUGUAUAUGUGCACUAGGUUUUAUAAUCCACUUAGAAUACUUAGAAAUGACAGUAUAUCUUGUAAAGUACAAAUUUUAAAAAAUUCAAAAAGUCAACAUUAAUUGCUAGUUUAUUCUUCAUAAAUAUUUUCUUAUAUAUAUUUACUGAAAACAUUCCUGUAACAAUAUGAACUAAGAAUCUUGGGUUGUGACAGUAACAUAAAUUAUGUUCUUUUUGUAUUUUUGUACCAGUGUCUUUAUUUUUCUUGUUUUCCGUCUUGUUGGCAUGUAUUGUUAUUUGUAUAGAAUUAAAAGAUCUGGGUUUCUAA